AUGGCUUCGGUGAAAGUGGCUGUAAGGGUUCGCCCAUUCAAUCAAAGAGAAAAGGACAUGGGCGCCAAAUUGAUUGUCCAGAUGGAGGCCAAGAAAACAAGAUUGCUCUCUGUGAAAAAUAGCAAAGAGCAAAAUGACAGCAGCCGGGAGAAGUACAAGGACUUCACGUUCGACCACUCGUACUGGUCAUUUGCGCACGAGGACAAGCAGUAUGCGUCACAGGAACAGGUGUUCUCAGACUUGGGGCUGGACGUGAUAGACAGUGCUUUCGAAGGGUACAAUGCCUGCGUAUUCGCUUAUGGACAAACCGGCUCCGGGAAGACCUUCACCAUGAUGGGGUCUCCGGAAUGCCAAGGUUUAAUCCCCCGAAUUUGCCGGCAACUAUUCUCCCGUGUAGCAGCUGGUAAGGAGUCCGGAGCCUCCUACCGCACAGAAGUCAGCUACCUCGAGAUCUACAACGAACGUGUCAAGGACCUUCUAGCCACUGACGCUGGCCACUCCCUGAGAGUCAGGGAGCAUCCGAAACUAGGGCCGUAUGUCCAGGACCUGUCGAAGCACUUGGUGUCGGAUUAUGAUGACAUACAGGAAUGCAUGCAUCGCGGCAACCUACAUCGCACUACGGCAUCCACACAGAUGAACGACGUGUCGUCUCGCUCGCACGCUAUAUUCACCAUCACUUUCGUGCAGGCCAGCUACUUGAGACACAACAAUAUGCCCAGCGAGACUGUGUCCAAAGUGCACCUCGUGGACUUGGCUGGCAGCGAACGUGCAGACGCCACAGGAGCUACAGGACAGCGUCUGGUUGAAGGCGCUCACAUAAACAAGUCACUAGUAACCCUAGGAUCCGUUAUAUCCGCUUUGGCAGAGUCCAGCCAACCUGUUGAAAAUCGAAUACAGAAAGGCACGAAAAAAGUGUUUAUACCGUACCGUGACUCUGUGCUGACCUGGCUGCUGAAGGAUUCUCUCGGCGGCAACUCGAAGACCAUCAUGAUCGCAGCUAUAUCGCCAGCUGACUGCAACUACGGCGAGACCCUUUCCACACUACGAUACGCGAACAGAGCCAAGAACAUUAUCAACAAACCGACAAUUAACGAAGACCCGAACGUCAAACUCAUCAGAGAGUUGAGAGAGGAGAUUGAGAAGCUCAGAGCACAGAUAUCAUAUAAUACGGAUCCAAUAGAAACGGAACCAGCGGUCCUCGCCACUCUUCAACGGAAAGAAGCACAAGAGAAGGUACUCACAGAGAAAUGGACGGAGAAGUGGCGGGAGACGCAGCAAAUCCUUCAGGAGCAGAAGGCGCUGGGCUUGAGGAAGAGCGGGCUUGGUGUGGUGCUGGACUCUGACAUGCCUCACUUAGUGGGCAUCGAUGAUAAUUUACUCUCUACUGGAGUCACUCUCUAUCAUCUCAAAGAAGGCGAGACGGUGAUAGGUAGCGAGGAGUUGUCCCCCACGCCGGACAUCGUGCUGAGCGGCGCGGGCGUGCUGCCGCUGCACUGCAAGGUGACGCUGCGCGCCGGCACCGCCACCAUCCACCCCUGCGCCGGCGCGCAGUGCUGGCUCAACACCGUGCUCAUCGACAAGCCCGCCAAGCUCAGCCAGGGUUGCAUCCUCCUGCUGGGCCGCACGAACAUGUUCCGCUACAACGACCCGGCAGAGGCGGCCAAGCUGCGCCAGGAAGGCAGCGUGUCCGUCAUGAACCUCUCGCGCCUCUCGCUGCUGUCAUGGUCCACCACGGACCUGGCUGCCAGCACGGAGAACCUCAAUACUACCCUCUCAGACCUAGAGAGUGAGAUCAGAUGUGAGCGUAUUGAGGCUCAGAAGGCAGAGUUGGAGAGAGAAAGACAGCAGUUCUUACUUCAGCAGGAAGAAAGACAGAGACGGUGGCAUGCCGAACGGGAAGAACUGCUACAGGCACAAAAGAAACUGGAUGAGGAGCGGUCGGCAAUGGAGCGCGAAUACGCGGCGGCGUGCCGGCGGCUGUCGGGCGACUGGCGAGCGCUAGAGCGCGGCUGGACCCAGCGGCGCCGCGCGCUGCGCUGCCGACAGCGCGAGCUGGCGCAGCGCUCCGCGCGCCUCACCGCGCUCAGCGACACGCACGCCCGCUGUGCAGAGAAUGAGGAGAACCACGUGGGGGCGCUGCGGACGCGUGUUGGCGAUAAGCGAGCCGCCUUGGAGGAGUAUAUCAACAACAGUAUCAAAGAACUCGUGGCGAACGGAUGUAGGCUUGACGAGAGUUCUACCCCAAGUCCCGAUAGCCCAGCUUCGGAGACCAGCACUGAGAGUUUAAUGCACUUAUUGAACCAGUGCGAACCGAAGGUCGCUACCAGCAUCAAAGAGACAGUUGAGAGACACAAAAAAGAGCUGGUGGAAUUAGAAGAAGAAUUACAAUGUAGAGUAGCAUCUGUGGCCUCUCACCGAGUUAAGAUUGAAAGGCUACAAUCGGAGCUCGCUCUUCUCGGAACUCAGGAGUUGGGACUGAAACACGCUCUCGCUUCUGACUUAGGACCAACAGCUGUCCGAGACAAUUGCGACACAUCUCCAGUGGAUGGCGUGAAACGAAGCAAAUCAGAGUUGGUAUUGCGAACGCCACGUGAAGAUGUUCUCGAGCCUCUGUCGGCCGACGAGAGGGACGAGUACAGGAAUAAACGGAUCAAUUUAAGCUUGAGCUUGGAUCCUUUAGCCUCACCGAACUCCACUUUGAACACCGAUGAGACCUUCCAUACAGCUUCUUCUACUCCCAAGCGCUUCCCGGCAUGGGCAAUUCCUUCUCCAUCUACCGCAGACAGCUCCGCCCCCCCUAAGACUGAAGAUUCGGAGCCGCCGCCACCACAGCUUCAGUUCAGACUGGGACCUGUCCCCGCCGAUGAUAGCGAUGACAUGUCCAGUACAGAAGAUUAUCAUAAGCCAAGAAUAGUGGAAGGUCAGUCCUCGAGUUCCGUGGAGCGAUCACCAGAGGAACGCCAACAAAGAACCAAGUACAAAAGAAGAUUACCAGGCGAAGGCAAGCCCGGACGUCGACAAGUGACGGAAGUGGAAGCCCUAAGAGCUAUGCAGCGGCUCUGCUCUCGGAUAGCGUCACAGAAGAUGUUGGUCAUAUCAUCUCUGGAGAAUGACUGCUCCAAAGAAGAACUCAACAGACAGAUCGCGGUGCUCCAAGAACUGCAAAAAAAAUACGUCCGGUUAGAAAUGGCACUCCAGUACUCGUUCUUUGACAACCAGUCACGGAGGCCCAUGAUGGUCACUCCCAUACAGGAGACGCCGUCGCUGACGCUGUCCGAGAGCGACAUGCAGGUGGCCACGGAGGACAAUGAGGAACCUACUGAGAACGGACACAUCGUGGACCCUUUGCUGCACAGGUUAAAAGAGCAGGAGCUGGAGGGUUCAGACAACGUGUCGACCUCAAACGAUGAGCUUCCUCACGAGCCCUCGCCGUGGGACGACCCGCUACACAGGAACAAUCACUCCGCAGCUGAGAGGCGCGUCGUACAACUCAAUAUACCGCAAGAAGACCCAAUGAUAUUUCCUGGUUUAAUGCAUCCUAUAGACUUCAACGCAGUGGUGAGCAUCCCGGGGUGGGUGACGCGCGGCGCGGGCGCGUCCACGCACCACGAGUACGAGGUGCGCAUCGAGCUGGGCGAGCACGCGCGCUGGCUGCUCCUGCGCCGCUACCGACGCUUCCGGGAGCUCUACCUCACCAUGAGGCGCAUCUACGGACCUAAGGUGGCGUCCAUCCCGUUCCCGGCCCGCCAGCUGUGGUCGUCCGAGGCUGUGGCGCGGGCGAGACGCACUCAGCUCGAGUCGUUCCUGCGGCGCCUGCUCACCGUCGUGUCCGCUGACAAGCGCUGCCCAUUCUACGACAAGCCGCUCACCAGAGACACGCUCGUCAGUUUCUCACCAUUUUUUAGAAAGCCGGAGCUCGCCACGUUGCGCGCGCUGGUGCAGUCGGGCGCGGCGCUGGUGCGGCUGCUGGCCGCCGCCGCCGCGCUGCUGUACCACUGCCUCGCGCUGCUGCUGCUGCUGCUCUACCUCUGCGCCACGCGCCGCAGGAGGUAG